GUAAACAAAACGAUGGCAGACUAUGGAGAACCAAUUUUUCAGUCCACUCUACACAUACAAAAAGUAGCACACCAAGUUGCAUUAACAUCUAGUCAUCUUAUUUGGGAACAAGCAUCGAAAGGUGGACCCCUUGACAGUCCGUCUUCUGAGCCACUGUUUUGUCAUAGAAAUGCAAACACAGUGCCACUGAGAGAAGUAAUAAUUGCUACACAUGAAAAGGAUAAACAAAAUCCAAGUCUGCCAUCGGUGAACAAAAAUCAAGGGGUGAAGGCUAAAGACACAACACAUCUAUACAUAGAGUUACAAUGUCCAUCUUUCAUUGUUAAUAUAUUGAGCAGAGGAUCAAAACAUAAAUGGAAGUACAAGAAGUUAUCCUUUGUCUGUCAGGAUUCUCACUUAUGCAGUCAGUGGGUCAGAAAUAUCAAUGAUGCGCUUGAUAAUCCAGAUUUUAAAAGACCAAAACAUCUCCUGGUAUUUGUAAAUCCAUAUGGAGGUAAACGACAGGGACCAAGUUUAUAUAAAGACAAAGUUGCUCCAUUAUUUGAGAUGGCUGGCAUCAAAACUGAAGUUAUAACCACACAGAGAGCAAACCAUGCCAGGGACACGUUACUCGAACAUGACCUUCAAAAGGUUGAUGGGGUUGUAUGUGUAGGAGGUGACGGUAUGUUCUCAGAGUUACUUAAUGGUCUGUGUGAACGAAAAUUAAAAGAGGCAGACCUGGAACAAACACAAGAACAAAAUCCUAUACCACCUGAUAUAAGAAUUGGAAUUAUACCAGCAGGAUCAACAGACUGUAUAGUUUACACCACCGCAGGAACAAAUGAUCCAGUUACUUCAGCAUUACAUAUUAUACUAGGUGACAAUGUAGGUUUAGAUGUCUGUUCAAUAUACUCAAAUGGUAAAUUCCAACGUUACAGUGUCUCAAUGUUAGCAUAUGGUUACUAUGGUGAUAUUUUGUUAGAUAGUGAAAAAAAUCGAUGGAUGGGACCAAAAAGAUAUCAUGUUGCAGGUGCCAAAAAAUUCCUUGGAAACAAGGCAUACCACGGAGAAGUCACAUUUAGAUUGUCGUCAGACUCGGAUAGUAAUCCAAGAGAUAAAAAGAAAUGUUUGAAUGAGUGUAAUACUUGUUGUCUGGCUGGUUCCAGGGCAGUUGAUAAGCACUCAAAGAUGAACGAUGAAUCAGAUGGUGUACACAAGUUCAAGGGUAAAUUUAUGGCCAUUUGUAGUUUUACAAUGUCAUGUGUGUGUGCAUUGACCCCUGCAGGUGCAUCACCUUACUGUCAUUUAGGUGAUGGAACAACUGAUCUCAUGCUGGUACAGGAAUGCUCGAGGUUUAAAUUUCUGAAACAUUUGAUGAGGGUGGCUGACAGAACAGCUGAUCAGUUUGAUUUUGACUUCAUUAAAAUAUACCGAGUGAAAGAAUUUAGUUUUCGUCCAUUUCCUGAACAUGAAGAAGAACAAAAGGAAGAUACAGCUUCAGGAGGAAUAAAACAUUCCAAACUUCCCUCGUCUAGAAUGAAGACAAGUGUAUGGAAUUGUGAUGGGGAAGUUAUACCACACCCUUCAUUACAAGUCAGAGUUCAUUGCCAGCUUGUAAAGUUAUUUGGAAGAGGUAUAGAAGAAAUAGAAUCAAAACAUAUGUGUAAUUGCUGUUGUUCACUAGGAGAACUACCACCAGAUACUCCAUGAUAUACUGCAGCCUUUACAGAAGAAGAUUAACAUAGUUUACACCAUGCAAUACAGUUCAAAAAUCCUCUGUGAUAUGCAGGACAUAUGAAGUCCCAAAAAACUUUUUUUAUUUUUUUAGGAAAUAGUUUUGGGAAAAAUUAAGUUGAUUAAUUCUUAGGUAGUAUUUAUGUUAAUCAAGAAAUUAAUUUUAAAAAAGAAAAUGCUGUUAUCUAUGAUUAUAAAUAACAUAAUCCUCAAAGUCAAUUCAGUGGCGGAUCCAGAACUUUUCCUUAAGGGGGGGCGCUACUGACCUAAGGGGGCCCCACUUCAGUCAUGCUUCAAUGAUUCCCUAUAUAAUCAACCAUUUUUUCCCACAAAAGGGUGGAAUUUUCCACACUAACGUGCAUACAUAAUUACUUUUAAGUUUCUCAAAAAGAGCCACCAUUAAUUUACUUUCAAAAGUUCUAACAAAAAAAUGGACCUAUAAUUUCUGUUAGUCAAUUUGUCACAAUAUAGAUCCACUGCAAAAAACAAAUACUUACAUUUAUAGUGAGAACAUAAUUAGCCUCUUGGAAGUGUAGAAAAGGGAGAUAAUAAAUAAAAGUUAAAGAAUCCAUUCAACCUUUUAACCACAAUUUCUCAUAUCCUUGAAUUCUUAUAAAAGAGAUUGAUUGAAUAUUAUAUUCUGUACUAACCUUUUUUUAGCUCACCUGACCUGAAAGGUCAAGUGAGCUUUUCUCAUCACUUGGCGUCCGUCGUCCGUCGUCCGUAAACUUUUACAAAAAUCUUCUCCUCUGAAACUACUGGGCCAAAUCUAACCAAACUUGGCCACAAUCAUCCUUGGGGUAUCUAGUUUAAAAAAUGUGUCCGGUGACCUCGCCAUCCAACCAAGAUGGCCGCCAUGGCUAAAAAUAGAACACAGGGGUAAAAUGUAUAUUUUGGCUUAUAUCUUUGAAACCAUAACAUUUAGAGCAAAUCUGACAUGGGGGUAAAAUUGUUGAUCAGGUCAAGAUCUAUCUGCCCUGAAAUUUUCAGAUGAAUCAGAAAACCUGUUGUUGGGUUGCUGCCCCUGAAUUGGAUAUUUUAAGGAAAUUUUGCAGUUUUUGGUUAUUAUCUUGAAUACUAUAAUAGAUAGAUAUAAACUGUAAACAGCAAUAAUGUUCAGCAAAGUAAGACCUACAAAUAAGUCAACAUGACCAAAAUUGUCAGU